AUGCAACAACAACCAUCACCACGACAUGGAUCUUCUUCUUCCUUCAUUGGUUACGGAUUAGAGAUCGCUCGUAGUGAUGAAUUUUUGCAACUUCCAAAUUCAAUGAUCCUUCUGGAAAAUGUUUCAUACCAGAAUUAUGAGGUGGUGGAGGAGGAUCUCGGAUCUGGAGGUUCCACCAUGACGGAUGGAGGAAUUGAAGUAAAAACCACUAAUACUCGUUCGAGAACAAUUCCAAAUCCAUUAUUGAAGAAACUGAAAAAACAAGAAUUAGAAUUAGAAUUGUCGGAUAUGAAUUUUUCGUAUCAUUGUAAAUUUCCAAAGAAUAUAUUAAUGAAGGACACUGCAAGUUUGAGAUCAAAAUUAUUGUUGAAUCAUCAUUGGAAUGGCGACUCAUCCAAUGGGGAGAAUGGACAUUUGGAGAGAGUGCACCAACAACAACAGACAUUAUUCAUGGAAAAUAAUUUAAUCGAUCAGAACCAUGAGGAGUUGCUGGAACAGAGAUCAGCUACAACACGAACCAUUGUAAAAUCACAACAGGAUGAUAUCAGUCGAUUUGAAAGAAAUGUUGGAGUCACGUUUGUUAUGCCACAUGACUUGUCAAUCAUUGCACCAUCUAUGAACCAAGACGUAUUUGAACAAUUUUCGCACCAAAGUUUAUUGAGCUGGGAUUGGAAUUCAAAAGUUGAUCAUACAGAAAGUGUUUUUUCAAUGAUGCAAUAUUAUUAUGGACCUUUCAAACUGUUUCUAUUAUUUAUGGCUGUUCUUAUUUUCACAACAAUCUGCAUGGUGAGUCUUGUGAAAGUUUCUUCCCUUGGCAAACAGAUAGAAAAUACAUUGUUUGAAUCAGUCAGGAGUGAAGCAUUGAAAAUCAGCCAUUCAGGAACUGUCAUGUCCAUGUUGAAGACUGCUCCAGCAAUCAAAACCAUAAUUUAUUUAACCUUAUUUUUAAUAGUGACAAUUUUGAUCAUUCUCCUAAUUUCAAUAUUUGUGACACGAUUAAUUCUGAAAUUUGUGAGAAGAAGAGUGUUACAAAAAUUUGAAAAAAUUAAGAAAGCUUUCAACAUUGAAGCGCCUCCUCCAAGAGAGAAACUUGAUUUUGUUCUCUAUGAUGACAACUACAACGGCAGCGCUGAAGAGAAAUUAUCAGAAGCAAUUUAUGGAUACGUUCAAUUAUCCAAACGAUUGAUAAUAGCCACCAGUAAUUCCUCCAUCAUUUCCCAAUCAUCACACGACAAAAAACAGGCAACAUCUUCAUCACAAGAAUUAUCCAUUUCUAACUUUGUUUUAGAGCACAUGAUGAAAUCAAUGCUCAAUUCCCAAAAUUCAUCAUCUCCUUCGUCUGAAUCUUCCAUAACAACCUCCAGUUCUCUAUUACAACACAAUGCCAUCUUAGAAAUUGAGCACUUUUUAUUGAAGGAACAAAUUCCAACCUUUUCCAAGCCUCAUGAAUAUCAUCUUUCCAACUUUUCCAUUGCUCAAGAAUUUCUCUUACUCGCACUCGCUAUGGCUCGAAAAGAUGUCAAGUUCAAGAAUUGUGGAUUUGUCUUGAUUCGAGUUCCCUCCGUGCAAUACGGCAUGAUGCGAUUGUGUGAAAAUUUGGGAUUUACAUUGGUUCAUCAACAAGUUGGAGAAUUUCCAAUGAGUUGGAAUAAUCCAAACAUGCCAAGAAACGACAAGAACGAAGAAACAUUUACCUUUGCCGUCUGCGGAGGUGGUGCAGUGGGUAAAUCAUCGAUCACCAUUCGAUGGACUCAAGAUACUUUUAUUGAAAUUUACGAUCCAACGAUCGAAGCAACUUUUAACAUUGCUCGAAAAAUUGACAAUCAAACCACUUAUUUGACAAUUAUUGACACUGCUGGUCAAGAUGAGUUCUCUGCUCUUCAAGACGUUUACAUGAGAAAUGCAUAUGGUUUUGUUCUCGUCUUUGAUUGCACUUCUAAAGCCUCUCUUGAAGAAUUACAAAAAUAUACUGAAAGAGUUUACAGAAUCAAAUCCGAAGAAUACAAACAAGUCGAUGGAAAGGAUUAUCCUGUCAUUUUCGUUGGAAACAAAUACGAUCUUGUUCAAGAAAAUCCAAAAGGAAAAUACAUGACAGAAAAGGAAAUUAAGGAAUUUAUCAAAACUCAAUUAGGACUUCCUGAAAAAACUCCAUUUUUAUUUGCUAGUGCAAAGAAUGGAUUGAAUAUGAAGGAAGCAUUGGAAAGCAUUGUAAGAGAAAUGCGAGAAUUUGAAAAAGGUCAAAAACCUGUCACUAAUCCAAUGAAACCACCUAAAUCACCAAGAAAGGGAAUGUUGUCCUCAGUAUCGGAUAAGGGUGAGGUACAAAGUGAUUUGGAGAGAAUGAAAAAUUAUUAA